AUGAAAAGUAGAGGGUUCAUAUUAUUUUUUAUAAUCAUACUUUCAAAUUUAAGCCAAGCAACUCUAGUUGAAUCAGAAUAUAAAUGUUUAUAUAAUUUAUUAAGUAAAAUUUUAAAAGUAUCAAAAAACUUUUAUAAAGAAUCUAAUAAUAGAUAUGCAUUUUGUCAGACUGCUGAUAAAUCAGAUUUUCUUUGGGCACAAUGUUCUGAAGGUUCAGUUGAAAAUAUUUUUUUAGGUUCCAAUAAUAAAAAUGAAUCAUUAAUUGAUAUGGAUGUCAAUGCUAACAAAACAAUUUCAAUUAAAUAUUUAUAUAUUAAUCAAUUAAUAAUUAAAAGAGAUUUUAAUAUUUAUUUUUCAAAUUUUGUUAAUGUCCGAAAUUUUGAAAUUGACACACUCCAAUCAAACUACCAAAUUAAUUAUAUAAAUGAUUUGGUUAGUUUUAAAUGUAAUUUUGAUACAAUUUCAUUUUCUUCAAAUAAUAUACCAUCAAUGAAUAAUAUACUAGUAAAUAAUUUAUAUAUAAAACUACUUUCAAAUUUUAAUAUUGAUUCAUUUUUCAACUUUUCAACAAAUACAAACAUUGGUACUAUAAAAUUAAAUUCAUCAGAUCCAUCAAUGCUUUUUCCAUUUCCACCCCCUUCUUCUGUUCAAUCAUUAGUAAUAAAUUAUCUAAUAGAGAAGCCAUUGAAUUUUAUUGAUUUAUCUAAAUUUGAAAAAUUAAUUUAUUUAAAAAUUCCAAAUGUUGGAGUUUUAUUUAAUGUAGAUGGUGAAUUACCAUUCAUUAAUAUGCAAAAUAUUUAUAAUUUCGAGUUUUCAAAUGGGAAAAUCAAUUAUUUAAAUUGGACAAAAUUACCAACCGAAGUGGGAUAUUUAACAAUGGAAAAUAAUGGUAUGACAGGUACGAUACCAACAAAGUAUCCAGAUUAUUUAUCCUACCUUUAUGUAAAGGGGAAUAAGUUGACAGGAGAAAUUGAUGAAAGUUGGUAUGGUAAAUUAUUUGAUAUUAGUGAUAACUAUAUUAGUGGUGAGCUUCCAUCAUGUUUUAAAUGUCAUUAUUUACAACCAUCAAUUAGCUCAACACUAUCUGGUAAUAGAUUUAAAAAUUUCGAUCCAAAUAAUUUAGAACCAUGUUUAGAUCUAGAAUUAAAUUUAGAAUAUAAUCAUUCUUUCAACAGAUCAUUAACAUUAUAUGGUAAAAAUCUUGGUCUAUUUUUUAAUUCAUUUAGUAUUAGCAGUGUUAAUAAUGCUUUACAACCUUUGCCUAUUGAUAUAUGCAAAGAAUAUAAGAUUAGAAUGCGACCUACAGAACCAGGUGAUGCACCAAAAGCAAUUAAUUUAACUUUUCCUUUUUUACCACAGGGUUCAAAAACAUUUCAAAUCUCUGCAUAUAAUGAAUUUUUACCACAAAUCGAUAGUAUAGUUAGAUAUUCAGAUUAUUUUAUUAUCAGUGGUAAAUACUUUGCAUACAAUCAGAGUGUAACUACUGUUUUAAUUUCAAAUCAUUCAUGUUCAAUUAUAACAAGUAAUUUCAAUGAAAUUCAAUGUUAUCUUUCAAAUUCAAAUCAAAUCAUUAAUAAUGAAGAAUUAAUUACAAGUAUUAUUCAAGUUAUGAAUGUUUCAAGUAAAUUUAAUUUCAGAGUGAAUCAAGCAUGUAAUGGUAAUAAUUGUCCAAUUGCAGAUUGUAAUAAAUAUGGUGAAUAUAAUUAUGAAAGUGGUGUUUGUGAUUGUUAUUCAAAUGAAUGGAGAGGCUAUUCAUGUCAAUUAAAAUCAUUAAAUUGUUUAAGUAAUGAUUGUAGCGGUAAUGGUUAUUGUAAUAAUAUCAUUGGUAAAUGUGAAUGUAAUACAAAUAGAGUAUUCGAUGAUUGUAGUGGUAUAUUAUGUAAUAAUGGUCAUGGUUGUUUUAAUGGAGGUAAUUGUAAUUUUCAAAAUGGAGUUUGCAAUUGUUCAUCCAAAUGGAUUGAAAGUUCAGGAUGUGCAACACCCAAACAAUCAAUUGAUUCACAACAAUUAGUACAAACAAAAAACGAUCAAAUAUUAACAUUAAUUGGUUGGUUUGGUAAUAUUAAUAUAUUUUUAACAGUAUUAAUCGAUGGUAAAAUUUGUGAUAUCAUUUCAAAUAAUAAUGAAACCAUUCAAUGUAUUCCACCAAAUUAUCAUUGUGAUUCCAUAAAGACCUCAUCAUUAGAAUUAUCAGUUUCUCAAAAUAAUUACAUAUGGAAUGGAACUUAUAAUCCAAUAUUUAUUAAUGGCUGUAGUAAUAGUAAUGAAGGCAGUAGUGGUAUCAAUAACAGUUAUAGUAGUAAUAGUAAUGAAAACAAUCAAAAAGAAAAUUCAUCAUUAUCACCCAAAAAUCAAAUUCUAGUAAUAAUCAUAUCAAUUAUAUUAUCUUUAAUUUUAUUAGGUUUAUUAGGUUUAAUUUCCUUUAAAAAAUUAAUCAAAAAAAAUAAUUAUUUGCAUUUAAAUAAUAUUGAAAAUAAAAUAAGGCCGAAUAAAGAUGAUAGUGGUCAACCAGAUGAAUUUUCAAAGAAUAAAAUUAAACUAAUUAACCUUUAG